GCUUGGCUACGGGGAGGAGGAGGGAUCAUGGCCAGCCAGACCCUAGCUCUGCGCUGUGGCCCUCCCUGGCCCCCCAUCUCCGGGACGGAGCUGCCUGGAUGCUGGCCCAAGUGGCAUCUCACCAGCAGUGGCGUGGCCCACCAUAUUAUCCCACCCGCGCCCUUCCCUCCGCCUACCUUCCAGUCCGUGGAGGCGGAGCCCUUGCCCCCAGCCGCAAAGCAGGGUUUGCACAUCGGGGCUUUCGACGAGGUCAUCAACAGAUGGGAGACGACUUCUGGCUCGGCUUUUGUGCCCAAGACCUACGGCGGGCCCUAUGCGCAGCCCAGGGCCCCAGAACCUGCGGACCCCAUGCGGAUUAUAGGGAUCAAGGAUUUAGGGGAAAAGCUCAGACACCACAGCUGGCGCCUCCCUCAGAUCACAAAGCGCCAGUGCAGCGAGGCGAGGGCGCAGUACUCCAGCUGGCCCGACCUGGACCGGAGCGCUACCGGCUACGUCGCGCCCCAGCCCCCGGCGCCUGCGGACCACCACUGCGGGGGCCCUUCUCAGGCUCUGCUCCCCUGGAUGAAGAACUCCAAGCUAGUCGGCCAGCCUUUCACAGGACCCGACCAGAGCAUCCUGGACCGCCACCAGUUCUAUCUGUCCACCUCGGCCCGGGACUUCCGGGCCUACUCGAAGAAGGAGUUGCUUGGAUACCCCGGCAAGGGCUCGCUGAACUACUGGAACUUCGAGGAGACUCCCAAGGCGUGGGGCCACGGCCCGCAGCAGCCGCUCUGUCCGCCCUCCUCUAGGAUCCGUGUGCCCCGUGCCCGCCCGGUGACGCCUGCUGUGCCGCACCGCGGGGCGCUACCUCUCGUUCAGGAAUCCUACAGCGCCCCACUGCACCCGAUCCGCCCGCUUGAUCGCUUCUGCCCUCUGGAGCUUCCCUGGGGCGGCCCCCACUGGAAGCCUGUGCCCGGCAUCUACAGUGUGCCGCAAGCCUACCGCACCGAGUACUCCAACUACGGCAGUUUGAAGCCCGCGCUUGUCUGAGCGCCUGCACCAGCCCCGCCCGCAGACAGCUCCCUCGGGCGGAGUCUGAGCCUAGCCUGGAAGACAGCAUCUGAGCACACAGCAGGCGGGACUGAGCUUGGGAACCCCGCCCACCAAGUGGGACUGGACAGGGCUUGGGGCACACCCACUGGGCGGUGGGCGGGGCGAGCUACACAGGAUUAUAGAGGCGGUGGUGGGCGAGUGGUCAGCGGGUGGGACGUGCCCUUGGUGGCAGAUGGGGCUGAGCUUAUCUUUGUCAAUGACAGUGUAAGCAGCAGGUCGAGGCCCAGGAGCUCGACCGCUACAUCAGAUAAAUCAAAAAAACCCUAGGGAG